AUGGCGGCCCCAUCGUUGAUGAUCUUGAGCGCCGCGUCCUCUUCCAGGCGCCCUUCCUUCACCAAGUGGCUCUUCAGGACGUCGAGGCGAGGCUUGCCGUCCUCGAACACCUCCUUCAGGCUCAUCUCCUCGGUGGACCCCAAGUUCCUGAAGCUCACCAAAGCGGACGAGCAAAUCUACGGCGAGUUCAGGAAAACCUUCGGCGAGCUGAAAAUCGACGUCCUCGACCCCGAGGAGCUCAAAUCGGAGCCGGCCAAGGAGAAGUGGCGCCCGUUCUGCAUGCGCUUCGAGGGGGUGGUGGAGGACUUCAACUACGGCACCCUGCUCCGCCUGGACUGCAGCAAGGGCUACACGGAGGAGAACACGAUAUUCGCCACCAGAAUCCAGUUUUUCGCCAUCGAAAUAGCUCGGAACAGAGAGGGCUGCAACAGCGCCGUCUACAACAGUGCCAAGAAGCCAGCGGCGGCCGUGGCGGAGGGAGCAGUGACGGCGUGAGGACGAGCUCGGCUCCGGCGUGCGCCCGAUGGCAGGAUGGGACCACCCGGCCGGGGGCUGCUGCCCCUUUUCCCCAGGGGACGGGAGCAGGAGGAGGCAGGGCAGCGCGGGGCAUCCUGCUCCUCCUGCUGCAGUGCCCCUGGAGCUCAGCCUCCGCUUGCAGACUGUAAAUAAAAUGUUUUACAAAACCCC